CUUUACGAUUCGCGGAGAUUCUUGAAGACAUCUUUUGCACUGCUUUUGCAGUACAAAUGUUGAUAGUUGUUGUAACAUUGAGCAUUACUCUGCUACAAGUUGCGUUAUUGUAUGGCGAAAUUCACGAAGUGUUGAAGUAUUUGGCGUAUAUCUUUGCUCAGGUGUUACACACGUUCUGCUUCAGUCUACAAGGACAGAGAUUGAUUGACCACAGCUUGCAAUUAAGCGAUAAAAUAUACAAAUCCUCCUGGUAUGAAAUACCUGUGGAAUCACAAAGGCUGCUUUUGUUCGCGAUGCGAAGGAGCAUGCAACCAUGUUUUUUAAGCGCCGGCAAGAUUUAUAUCUUCUCUUUGAAGAGCUUCUCCACGGUUAUGCAGUCUUCGGUGUCGUAUUUUACCGUACUCGCAUCCUUCCAAUGA